CCACACCUCCACACACAUACACUGAUAGGCUCUCUCUCUCUCUCUCUCCCUCCCUCUUUUCUCUCUCUUCAAGUUUUCGCUCUCUCCCUCACUCCAUCUCUCUCUUGGUCUCUCCAAUCCGAAAACAGAUGGGUUCAUGCCCGAAAACCGUUUCUGGUUUUCAGCAAACCCUAAUCACCCACUUCUUGUAAAACAGACAAAAGAAGAAACUCGAAAGCUCCAUUUAUUAUCUCUUUCUUUUUAUCUAUUCCUCAAAAAAAAAAAAAUCCACCAAUGGGAGCCAUUUCAUUGGUUCUAACUUGUCUCGUCUCGAUACUGCUGUUGACCGAACGAGUCAACUCAGAGCCCCCGCUCGAGGAGAAACAAGCACUCCUCGCCUUCCUCCAACAGAUUCCCCACGAGAACCGUCUCCAGUGGAACUCCUCAGACUCAGCCUGCAACUGGGUCGGAGUAGAAUGCAACUCGGACCGGUCCUCCGUCUACUCUCUCCGCUUACCAGGCACCGGUUUAGUCGGUCAGAUCCCUCCCGGAUCGCUAGGCAAACUGAGCCAACUCCGAGUCCUCAGCCUCCGGUCCAACCGCCUCUCCGGUCAGAUCCCUCGAGACUUCGCGAACCUCACUCAUCUCCGGAGCCUAUACCUCCAGCGCAACGAACUCUCCGGUGAGUUCCCGCCGAGCGUCACGCAGCUAACCGGGUUGGUCCGUCUCGACCUCUCUUCCAACAACUUAACCGGACCGGUUCCUUUCGCGGUCAACAACCUCACUCUCCUGACCGGUCUCUUCCUCGGAAGCAACCGGUUCUCCGGGAACCUCCCCAGCGUCACACUCGGUUUAACCGACUUCAACGUCUCCGACAACAACCUAAACGGCUCCGUUCCUUCUUCUUUAUCUAAAUUUCCCGCCGCGUCGUUCGCGGGAAACGCGAAUCUCUGCGGCGGUCCGUUACGGCCUUGCAAAUCCUUCUUCGUAUCUCCGUCUCCCUCUCCGGAUAAUGACGCUCCUCCCUCUCCCUCCGGCAAGAAAUCGAAGCUGUCCACGGCGGCGAUCAUCGCGAUCUCCGUCGCGAGCGCGUUAGUGUGUCUCCUCAUCGUAGCUCUCCUCUUGUUCUUAUGCUUAAGAAAGCGACGACGAGGAGGAGGAGCGAAACAGACGAAACACGCCACUGCGGAGACAGUCCCCGACUCAAUCCCCGCGGCGGCGGGAGGAGGAGGAGGAGCUUCGUCGUCUAAGGAUGUUACCACGGGGACAUCGUCAGGGAUGGGAGAGAGGAACAGGCUCGUUUUCACGGAAGGAGGGGUCUACAGUUUCGAUCUGGAGGAUCUGCUGAGAGCUUCGGCGGAGGUUUUGGGGAAAGGAAGCGUGGGGACGUCUUAUAAGGCGGUGUUGGAGGAAGGCACCACGGUGGUCGUGAAGCGUUUGAAGGACGUGGCGGCGACCAAGAAAGAGUUCGAGUCGCAGAUGGAGAUUGUCGGCAGAGUUAAACACCCGAAUGUUGUUCCGUUGAGAGCUUAUUAUUACUCUAAAGAUGAGAAGCUUCUUGUCUUUGAUUUCAUGCCCAACGGAAGCCUCUCUGCUCUCCUUCACGGGAGCCGUGGAUCGGGACGAACUCCGUUAGACUGGGAUAACCGUAUGAGAAUAGCAAUAACUGCAGCGAGAGGUUUGGCCCAUCUUCAUGUUUCAGCCAAAUUGGUACAUGGAAACAUCAAAGCCUCAAACAUACUCCUACAACCAAACCAAGACACUUGCGUCUCUGACUAUGGACUUAAUCAACUGUUCAGUAACUCGAGUCCACCAAACCGUUUGGCGGGUUAUCAUGCUCCUGAAGUUCUCGAGACACGGAAAGUAACUUUCAAAUCGGAUGUGUACAGUUUCGGGGUGUUGCUGCUUGAACUGUUGACUGGCAAAUCACCAAACCAGGCAUCACUUGGCGAAGAAGGCAUUGAUCUGCCUCGGUGGGUGCUGUCUGUGGUUAGAGAAGAAUGGACCGCUGAAGUGUUCGAUGUCGAGCUGAUGCGGUACCACAACAUAGAGGAAGAGAUGGUUCAGCUUCUUCAAAUCGCAAUGGCUUGUGUCGCUACGGUUCCUGAUCAACGACCGGUGAUGCAGGAAGUGCUGAGAAUGAUUGAGGAUGUGAACAGAAGUGAAACAACCGAUGACGGGUUAAGACAAUCGUCUGAUGACCCGUCCAAAGGUUCAGAGGGUCAGACUCCUCCAGGGGAAUCAAGGACGCCACCACGUUCGGUCACGCCUUAGUAGUAACUCAAAGCAGCUUUAGUUUGUGUGUGUUCACUUUCUCCUCAAAAGGAGAUAAAAAGAAAAGUGUGUUAGGUCUUUGUUGGGUUACGUUAAAGCAAAAAAAGGCUGGACCAGACCAGUGUGGCAUUUGAACCAAGUUCUUAAAAGAUGGCAUCUCCCAUCUAUUUUUUUCUUGAUUUUUUUUAUAAAUACAUUUCGAGAUAUUCUAGUAGUUACUUUUUCUCUU